ACCCCACGCCCGGAGCCACCCCCGUCAAUCGGCGCACACCUUUGCCUCGCAUAAUAAUCGCAUUAGCCCUACAGUUUGCGAAAGAGGCCGCCGUUUCCCUAAUUACCACUUGGUGUGUAAAGCCGAAUCCCUUGUUUCCCCUUCUUCUUCUUCUUCGCUAAUCCUUCCCCGUUCCGCCCUGAAACACACGCUCCCGUGCCAUGGACGCAGGGAGCGGAAGCUAGUUCCGGCGCCGCCCCAUCCCUCUGGCAUCCGCGCCGCUACUCACCCCGCCCCAGGACGCUGCCUUGCCGUUCCCGUACACCAGGCCGCACGACCACCGACCGCCGUCCUCUCCCGCUCGAGCACCGACCGCAGCAGCCCAUCUCUGCUCGCGCACAGGCCGCCGCCGCCCCUCUCCGCUUGAGCAUCGACCGCAGCCACCCUACCCACUCGUACAAAAGGGAAAAGAAAAUCCCUUUUUCCCAUCGCCGCCGCCUCCUCUGAUCUAUCCACGCAGCCCUCUGCCACGUCCCCCCCAGGGGAAGACAAGCUGGCGGGGACCUCCGGAGCCCAGAUCCCCUUCCGGCGGGCGGCUAAGCGACCGAGGGGCCUUCUCGAUCUGCGCCGCCCCUCUUCUUCCGCCCACAUCCUACCAAGACCUGCAGCGAAUCCAAACUACUCGAUCGCUUGUUUGGCUCAAAUGAAUUGCAAUUGGGGGACCAAGCGCGCGCGCUCCGCGUUCGGUGGUGGUGGCAAGGCGGCCCUUUCCGGCCAAUCCACGCAACCACUCCGUCCUAAUGACAGGUGCGUUCAUUCUCAUCUACAUCCCUCUUGGGGUGCCAAGCGGGCGCGCUCCGCGCUCGGCGGUGGUGGUAAGCCCGCACUUUCCGUGCAGUCCCUACCCCAUCCUAAUAACAGUGCCAGCACCUCCACAAGAGACUGGGCCAACCUCGGGGAUGGGCCAGCCGGCCUCAUCGCCGAGCUUGCCCUUGCUAGCGAUGUGGCGGACUAUGUCCGCUUCCGUGCCGUCUGCCAACCAUGGCGGCGGUGCUCGCCGGACCCGCGCGCCGGCGGCCUGGACGGUCGCUUUCUCCCCCGCCAGUGGAUAAUGCUCGACAAGGCACUUGCCGGACCGCGCCGCCAUCGCUUCCUUAACAUAUCUACAGGCGAGUGCAUCCAUAUGGAUCUCCCAGAGCUCGCCGAGCACACGCUGCUUGCGCUCACCCCGGAAGGCCUCCUGCUGCUGCUCCACGAGUCCACCCUGGUCGUCCGCCUGCUGAACCCUCUCACACACCAGCUCACCCAUCUCCCGCCGGUGACCGCCCUCCUGAGCCCCGAGCAGAGUCGAUCUAGGCGCUGCGGCUUACAGAUCAAAGUUAUGGUGUCUGGCGUGGGCCUCGUUGCAGAUUCCUCGGUGGCAGUCAGUUUCUUUGAUCCCAUGGUGCUUGCUGUCGCUAAACCCGGCGAUGAUAGUUGGACAGUGGCCCACAAUGAUGGAAUUAAUACGACUCUGUCUUUUGCGGGCCGCUUCUACUGUGCCACCUACAGGGGUGUCAUGGUGUUGAACAUGGGCUCAGAUCAGCAGCCGCCACGGCUCCAUAUGGUCGCUGAUCGGAGCAAGUCGUUUUAUUUCAACCCAAUGGCACACAGCCUCCACCUGGCGGACAAUGGUGGGGAGUUGAUGCUGGUGCACCGGACCCUAUGCCACGACACCAAGUAUGGCAGGAGGUAUGAUGUUUAUAGAGUGGAUUUGGAAGCUGGAGUCCUGGUCCCGGUCAAGUGCUUCAACGGGCGUGCCGUGUUCAUGGGCAUGGGUCGCACGAUUUCCGUAUCAGCUCAGAACCCCUUUCCCUGUGUUGCUUCUGAUACCAUCUACAUGGGGCCGGAUUGCGAUGUCAAGAUUCAGGGUUACAAUAUUGCAGAUGGAAGAAGAUGCGAUCUGAUUGGAGCGGUAUGCCCACGUAGCGUUGUGGAUUGUCUCCGCUACUGCAUCCAGGGAUUCGGCAAGCUACUUGCCUGAGCCUCAGGACGAAUGAUGGGUGUUUGCUCUUUGCUAUGAUUCUGUUUCUCUGGUGUGGUGUUUGCCGUGAUUCUGAUCUUGGCCUACUGCUGGGUGUGGUGUCUGCUGUGAUUCUGGUCCUGGCCUUAUGCGUCAGUUACUGUGUAUCAGACAGCAUUAAGAUAUGUACCUCAAAUAAUGUAAACGCUUAUUAAACAAAAAUUGUUACUGGUUUUCUGUUUCUGAUAUUUACAUAUGAUGUGGCAAUAUACUGAUGAAACGAAA